AGCCCUGUUCUCCUCUUUGGCGCGCACCCACGCAGCAACCUCUUUAAGGUUCUUGCCUUCCUCAGUUCACAUUCUUCUUCUCCGUCUUCCUCUUUCCCUGACGACUCGUUUUUUUUGUCUUUUUUUUUCUCAAUUUUCCCCAUCACACUCGUCUUCCUCUCUCUGAGCUUUACAUUUGGUCUGGUUCCUCUCUCACAUUUUUCCUUGAUUGCUUUUAAGAAAUCGCUGCUUUCGAAGGAUAAUUAUAGGAAUUGAUCAAUGUGUCUAGAGCGAGAAAGAUCAAACACCCAAAAUUCAUUUCAGUAUGUUGGUGAUCAAUAUCUUGACAAGCAAAAGCUUGCUUCUCCUAUAAAAUUUGCUGUUGAUAAGUUCCAACUGAUCCCUGAGUUUUUGAAGAUAAGAGGAUUGGUGAAGCAACACUUGGAUUCGUUUAAUUACUUUGUAAAUACUGGUAUAAAGAAGAUAGUGCAAGCCAAUCAUCAGAUUGUAUCAGGGGUCGAUCCAAGUAUUUAUGUCAGGUUUAAGGAUGUCAGAAUAGGUAAACCUUCCAUGGUGGUUAAUGCAAUUAUGCAAAAACUUAAUCCCCAUGAAUGCCGGUUAUCUAACAUGACAUAUGCUGCACCAAUAUUGGUCGAUAUAGAGUACAUCCACGAAAGUCAUGGUCAAAAAACUAGAAUGGUAAAGAAUGAUUUUAUUAUUGGACGAAUGCCUAUCAUGUUGCGGAGUAGUUGCUGCGUGUUAUAUGGAAAAGAUGAAACUGAGCUAGCAAGACUUGGUGAGUGCCCCCUUGAUCCUGGAGGGUAUUUUAUUAUCAAAGGAACAGAAAAGGUGAUUUUAAUACAAGAACAACUUUCAAAGAAUAGAAUGAUUAUUGAUACAGACAAAAAGGGGAUUAUAAAUGCAUCUGUGACAAGCAGCACAGAGAUAAUAAAAAGCAAAACAGUUAUUCAAAUGGAGAAAGGGAAGAUAUAUUUAUAUCUCAAUCAAUUUGUGAAAAAGGUUCCAAUUAUGGUAGUCAUGAAAGCAAUGGGGCUGGAGUGUGAUCAGGAGGUUGUGCAGAUGGUUGGAAGAGAUCCUCUAUUGAGUGCCAUGCUUUUACCUUCUAUUGAGGAAUGUGUAAGUUAUGGUAUAUAUACCCAACAGCAAGCUUUGGAGUAUCUUGACAGACAGGUGAAAAGAACCAUAUAUUAUAGUCCAUCUGAAAAGGAGGGCAGAGCUUUGGCCAUUCUCCGUGAUGUCUUUCUUGCUAAUGUUCCUGUGCAUUCCAAUAAUUUUCGCCCGAAAUGUUUGUAUGUUGCUGUGAUGUUGAGACGGAUGAUGGAAGCAUUGGUAAAUAAGGAUGCAAUGGAUGACAGGGAUUAUUUGGGGAACAAGCGUUUUGAGUUGUCAGGCCAAUUAAUUUCUCUGCUUUUUGAGGACUUGUUCAAGACUAUGAUUGGUGAGGUUAAGAGACGGAUGGACAUUAUCCUAUCUAAGCCUGCAAGAUCUAGCUCAUUGGACCCUUCUCUUAUUUUAAGACUUGUUGAUAUUAUUACUGUUGGGCUAGAAAGGACCCUUUCUACAGGCAAUUUUGACAUUAAGCGGUUCAAAAUGCACAGGAAAGGCAUGACACAGGUGCUAGCCAGGCUAUCUUUUAUAGGGACCUUGGGCCACAUGACAAAAAUAUCAUCUCAAUUUGAGAAAUCUAGGAAAGUUAGUGGACCUAGGGCAUUGCAACCGAGCCAGUGGGGAGUGAUUUGCCCUAGUGAUACUCCAGAAGGUGAAGCUUGUGGACUGGUGAAAAACUUGGCUCUAACAACUCAUGUCACAACUGAUGAGGAGGAGGGUCCAUUGAUUUCUCUGUGCUAUAGUUUGGGAGUUGAAGACUUGGAAUUAAUAUCAGGAGAAGAUCUUCAUGCACAAAAUUCGUUUCUAAUUAUAUUAAACGGGCUGAUUCUUGGCAAGCAUAGAAGACCGCAGCAAUUUGCUGGUGAUAUUAGAAAGCUGCGUAGAGCUGGCAAAGUUGGUGAGUUUGUAAGUGUCUUUAUAAAUGAGAAGCAGCUUUGUGUCUAUAUUGCUUCUGAUGGAGGUCGAGUUUGUCGUCCACUGGUUAUAGCUGACAAGGGAAUUUCAAGGAUCAAAGAUAACCAUAUGAAGGAGUUGGUGGAUGGAAUUCAUACUUUCCAAGACUUUGUUCAUGGAGGGUUGAUUGAGUAUCUUGAUGUUAAUGAACAGAACAAUGCUCUGAUUGCAUUAUAUGAGGGAGAGGCCACAUCUGAAACAACCCAUAUUGAGAUAGAGCCUUUCACCAUCUUAGGCAUCUGUGCUGGGCUAAUUCCAUAUCCUCAUCAUAAUCAGUCACCAAGAAAUACCUAUCAGUGUGCUAUGGGUAAGCAAGCUAUGGGAAGCAUUGCAUAUAACCAGUUUUCUCGAAUGGACUCCUUACUUUACCUGUUGCUUUAUCCUCAACGGCCUUUAUUGACAACAAGGACAAUUGAGCUGGUUGGAUAUGAUAAGCUUGGAGCUGGUCAGAAUGCUACUGUUGCAGUGAUGAGUUAUAGUGGCUAUGAUAUAGAGGAUGCUAUUGUGAUGAACAAGUCAUCUCUGGAUCGUGGGUUUGGUCGUUGUAUUGUCAUGAAGAGUUACACUGCCAUUUAUCAGAAGAAUUAUGAGAACGGUACAUCAGAUAGAGUACUUAGGCCACAAAGAACAGGACCUGGUUCAGAAAGGAUGCAGAUACUGGAUGAUGAUGGACUUGCUGCUCCUGGGGAGAUAAUUAAGCCAAAUGACAUCUAUAUCAAUAAGGAAUCUCCUAUUCAUACCACAGGGCAACGAGUACCUGCAGAUGGACAGCAAGAUAUUGCAUAUAAGCCUGCAAAACAAACAUUUAAAGGUCCCGAAGGAGAGUCUUGUGUGGUAGAUAGAGUUGCCCUUUGCUCUGAUAAGAGUGAGAAUUUAUGUAUCAAGUUUAUAAUUCGCCAUACACGUAGACCAGAGGUUGGUGACAAAUUUAGUAGCAGACAUGGGCAGAAGGGUGUUUGUGGCACCAUCAUACUACAGGAAGAUCUUCCAUUUUCUGAAAAUGGCAUCUGUCCUGAUUUAAUCAUGAAUCCUCAUGGUUUUCCAAGUCGGAUGACAGUAGGUAAGAUGAUAGAGCUUCUUGGGGGUAAAGCUGGAGUUUCAUGUGGUAGGUUUUACUAUGGAAGUGCCUUUGGAGAAGCAAGUGGUCAUGCAGACAGGGUUGAAGCUAUAAGUGAAACACUUGUGAAGCAUGGUUUCAGCUACAAUGGCAAGGACUUCAUUUACUCAGGUAUCUCAGGUUGCCCACUACAAGCAUUUAUCUUCAUGGGACCAAUUUACUACCAGAAAUUAAAACAUAUGGUCCUGGAUAAAAUCCAUGCCAGAGGUAGCGGGCCUCGAGUUAUGCUAACUAGGCAGCCUACUGAAGGCAGAGCCCGAAAUGGAGGACUGCGUGUAGGAGAAAUGGAACGUGAUUGCCUGAUUUCUUAUGGAGCUAGCCUGUUGAUUUUUGAGCGCCUAAUGAUCUCUAGUGAUCCUUUUGAAGUGCAGGUUUGUAGAAAGUGUGGUUUGUUAGGAUAUUUCAGUCAUAAGCUGAAAAGAGGGAUUUGUUCUUCCUGUAGUAAUGGAGAUAAUAUCUCUAUGAUUAAGUUGCCAUAUGCUUGCAAGCUCUUAUUUCAGGAACUGCAAUCAAUGAACAUUGUUCCUCGCAUCAAUUUAGCAGAACCAUAAGACACUCGAAGCCCAAUGGAGUAUGAAUCUCUUUCCAGUGUCAUUGAAGUAAAUACUUAGAUUGUAUUCUUUUAUGGGAAGGAAUUGUAUGUUGGUUUUUAGUUUAGUUUAAUACUAUUGAUUUGCCAAAUGCUGGAGAAAGCUAUUUAUAGUUAGUUUAUUAUCAAAAAAAAAGAAAAAGAAAUGCAUAGUUAGUAAUUUUAUUCAGCUCUUUUGGCUUUUGUGCAAUGCGUAUUUUAUUAUAUAUAAGAAAAAAUCAGAUUUAUUGCC